GCGAUUGGCGGGCUUGAUUGCCGCCGUCAUUUCGCGUGAAACGUCAAACUUUGGGCCGUGCGUCGUUUUUCCGCGCGUUUGCUCGUCGCCGAGAAUAAUAUACCUGCACGAGCAUGCCGCUGCACCGAUAUACGCACGCGAUCCUGUGCAGAAUCCCGUUGUCGCUGCGCACGCGGGGCGAGGUGACACUGGACGAGGCUAGGACGCAGCACCUAGCCUUGGCGCAACUCCUACGCGAGCUCGACAUCGACGUCGUCGAGAUGCCGCCUGACGAGAACUCGCCGCUCUGCGUCUUCGUCGAAGACAUCGCCGUCGUCUGCAACGGCAUUGCCCUGAUCGCCCGGCCGAGCGAGCCGUCACGUCUCAAAGAGCUUGACACAAUUAGAGCUGUUUUGAAGAAAGAAUUAGAGAUACCACUCAUAGAGAUAAGUGAUAAGAAUGCUCGCUUAGAUGGAGGAGAUGUCCUUUUCACUGGUAGAGAAUUUUUUGUUGGACUUUCUCAUUUUACAAAUGAAGCGGGAGCACGAGCAGUUGCCGCAGCAUUUCCAGAAUAUCCAUGUGUACCCAUCAAGGUGGCUGAAUCCAAACGCUUGAAAUCACUGGUUACAAUGGCUGGUCCAGAUGUUAUAUGUGUAGGAGCUGGAAAGGAAUCUCAAGAAGUUCUCAAGAGAAUCGAACGUGAAGCAACGUACAGUUACCAAACAUUGACCGUGCCAGAGGAUGUAGCUGCCAAUGUGCUUUAUGUGAAUGGUACGCUCAUUCAUCGAUCGGAAGACGAAAUUCCGCAAUCGAGUAAGGUCUUCGCCGAGAAGGUAGAGUUCCCGACUAGAUCACUACGUUUGUCCGAAUUGGCAAAGGUUAGUUCCGGAUUGUCCUCCUGUUGCUUAUUGGUGCGCAGACCGCGACAUAUUCGUAGCAUUUAAACAAAAAGAGAAAAAAAGAUUUAUUCCGCGAUUCCUAAUCGCAAGCUAUCCGCGAAUACGAAACGUAACCAAACCAAAUGCUCUCUCCUUAUCGAAUCUGCGGAGAAAUACGAUACAAUGCAUGACAUACAACAUUCUGAUUAGUAUUUUUUAAAUUAAUUUAAAGAGUUAUUAUCAUUUUUAGUAUUUCUUACAAGAGAAAGCUUUAGUAUUUGAAAAGAUUAAUAUAUAUAUAUAUAUAUAUAUUAAUCUUAUAUUAUAUACA